AUCGGUUGUACUUCGCCACUUUACGAAAUAAACCGAAAAGUACCGUAAAUACCCACUACUUCUGCACUGAUGAGGAACUGGUCUACGAAAAUUUCUAUGGAGAUUUUGGACCUCUAAAUUUGGCAAUGUUAUACAGAUACUGCUGUAAACUAAAUAAGAAGUUAAAGUAUUUCAGUCUAUCAAGAAAGAAGAUAGUGUACUAUACCAGUUUUGACCAGCGCAAACGAGCAAAUGCAGCAUUUUUAAUAGGUGCAUAUGCUGUAAUAUACUUGAAGAAAACACCAGAAGAAGCUUACAGAACACUUUUGUCUGGAUCUAAUCCACCGUAUCUUCCAUUUAGGGAUGCUUCAUUUGGAAACUGCACGUACAAUCUUACAGUCUUGGACUGUUUACAGGGAAUAAAUAAGGCCUUGCAGCAUGGAUUUUUUGACUUUAAGACAUUUGAUGUGGAUGAAUAUGAACACUAUGAG